UAAUGGUUGGGUUCAUCAAGGCUGGGCACCGUCCUUGCCAACAAGGCCCAUAGAACAGGCAGGGGGAGCAGAAGGCCAGGUCUGACAUGAGAUGGAUUGUCCAUCACGAGUCUUUCUUUCCAGGGUUCUUCUUGAUCCAGAGCAUCUGGGCACAAGAGGGUGAUCACGGCAAGCCCUUCCUGUCAGCCUGGCCAAGCCCUGGGAUUCCUCAAGGACAGCAUGUGACUCUCCGGUCACUCCCCUCUCGGAUUGACAGGUUCAGGCUGCACAAGGGUGACAGAACCAAUGUCCCUGAGCUCCAGGUCGUGAUGUUCUGGAAGGACUUCCUUGUGGGCGCCAUGACUGAAGCACACGCAGGGACCCAUAGGCAUCAUGGCCAAUACGGUCACCUACCCCCUGCGUAGUCAUCACCCAGCGAGCCCUGGAGACUAGCCUGUCUCAUGAAACUGCCUCUCCUCCUUCCAGGUCUGUCCAAGAAACCCUCUCUCUCAGCCCAGGCGCCCGUGGCGAGGUCAGGGGAGAACGUAACCUUGGUCUGCAGCUCUGAGAGCGCCUUUGACCAGCUCCAUCUGCUCAGGGAGAGGGGGAACCUUGGGCGGGGUCCCCGCAGAGCACUCCAGGCAGAGUUCCCUCUGGGUCCUGGGACCCCUGCCCACAGCGGGGUCUGCAGGUGCUGCGGCUCCUUCACGCGCUCUCCCUACUCGUGGUCAGACUCCAGCGACCCACUGUUCCUGUCUGUCACAGGAUCCCCUACAAGUACUCGCCCAUCAACCGCGGAUCCACACACCACAGAAGAAGCACGGCUUUCUCAAGGCCACUCCAGCCAGCUGCACCUUCUCCUGAGGCUCUCCGUAGCCUUCAUCUGUACCAGUAUCUUCCUCGCUGUUCUUGUCUAUCACUGGUGCUCUACCCACAACCAUGUUUCCUUCAUGGAAGGAGAGCCCAAGCAAGACAGACAGACCCAUCAAGAGGACGUGAUAUUUGCUCACUUGAACCACAGGACCCUCUCUGAGAGACUGUUCACACCCACUCCCCUGAGCCCUAUGCACCACUCCACAGAGCCCAGUAUCUAUGAGGAAUUCAAUGUAAACCAAGAACAUGCUGAGCCCUGAAUGGCCCCAUCCUUUGAGCACACAGAGCGUUAUAAAUUGAAGAGCUCCAUCUCUUUCUAACGGGCUUCCUCCGUGGGCACUCCUUCUCCUCCUCCAAAGCAGCCCAGCAGCUCUGAAGUUAAGAGUGGAGUCCAAGAAUUAUAGGAUCCUCUUCAAAAAUCCCACCACCUCUUAGUAAUCCCCUGGCUAUUUUAAUACUCUAUUUUAACUAUGUAACCUUUUGGGAGAAGGUAUUCUAAUCAAUUGCACAUACAGGGUAGG